CGUCAAGUUGCCGCAAUAUCAACUUCCAACGUCUGCCUCUUAAGCCGCAGCUCCGCCCAAAGUUACCUUCUCGCUCGUUUCCCAAGUUACUGUAAUCCUAUUCAAUACCCCAGGCGCAUAGAUUAUCGACACAAUGGCGGCAGAAAGACUCGGUUCGAUCCUCAAACACCUCACGCCGGGCAAUGCCCUCUCUUCCAUCACCUCCAAGAACCCCGACGACAUCGUCAUCACCCUCGCCAUCCGGACGCCGCUUGUCAAAGCAAGGAAGGGCGGCUUUAAGGACACGAGCUUAGAAUACAUGGUUUAUGCCCUGUUGAAGGAGGUCAAGGAGCGAUGCAACCUGGAUCCAGCCCUGGUUGAAGACAUCUGCCUCGGCAACGUCUCCGACGGCAAGGCGGCCUACAAGCUCCGCGCGGCGGCGCUAGCGGCCGGCUUCCCCGACACGGCGGGGGCGUCGAGCGUGAACCGGUUCUGCUCUUCCGGGCUGAAGGCGACGGCGGACAUCGCGCACGCCAUCAGCAGCGGCUCGAUCGAGGUCGGGGUUGCGAUCGGGGCGGAGCAGAUGACGGUGGGCGGCGACGCGCUGGAGAAGCCGUUCGACGAGGCCGUGACGAGCCAGUCGCAGCAGUCGGCCGACUGCAUGCAGCCCAUGGGCUGGACGAGCGAGAACGUCAGCGCCGACUUUGGCAUCUCGCGCGAGGAGAUGGACCGCUUCGCCGCCGAGAGCUUCCAGCGCGCCGAGCGCGCCCAGAACGCCGGCUGGUUCGACGACGAGAUCGUCCCCAUCCGCACGAGGGUCAAGGGCCCCGACGGCCAGUGGAAAGAGGUCGUCCUCGACAGGGACGACGGCAUCCGGCCCGGAACGACCCCUGAGUCGUUGGCUAAGAUCAGGGCCGCUUUCCCGCAGUGGGGUGGCAAGACCACGGGAGGCAAUGCUAGCCAGCUCACAGACGGAGCCGCCGCCGUCCUACUGAUGAAGCGCUCAACGGCCAUCAAGCUCGGCCAGCCCAUCGUAGCCAAGUACGUCGCCACGACGGUGGCCGGCCUCGCACCACGGAUCAUGGGCAUCGGCCCGACGGUGGCGAUCCCGAAGCUGCUGUCGCAGCUGGGGAUCACGCUGGGCGACGUGGACGUGGUGGAGAUCAACGAGGCGUUCGCCAGCAUGGCCGUCUACUGCCGCGACAAGCUCGCGCUCGACUGGGCAAAGAUGAACCCGCGUGGCGGCGCCAUCGCCCUCGGCCACCCGCUGGGCGCCACGGGGGCGCGGCAGAUCGUCACGGGCUUGAGCGAGUGCAGGCGGACGGGGAAGAAGAUCCUCCUCACUAGCAUGUGCAUCGGCACGGGCAUGGGCAUGGCGGGACUGUUUGUUAGCGAGGCAUGAGGUCGCGUGCCUGGGGGGUUCUCGGUGUGAAUGAGUUAUGUAUUUUUCGGCGACCGAAUUGGAUAUCUAUCACUGAAGAGGCACUUGAAAGUGGCUUGUGACGAGAUGGAUGAUGUCUGCUUAGCAUCAAUAUAUCAUUACUGUAGAUAUCAACACAACUAGACGAAUACCAAGCACCUGCAC